CCACAGUUGCCCCGCCUUUCACCUUGUCCACCGCACCGCACCAGCAGUUCACUUGGAUCAGAGCCGCACUGUAGCCCGCCAGCCCGCGCCCGAAGCUGGAACCCCAAACCCUGACACCUGGAGCUAGCCUAGAGACCCAGCACACUCAUCAGUUCUCCCGAAGGUGGAGAAAUCCGACCGAAUGCACAAUACCAACGCUAAACGGGCAUCAACCUCAACCUCCUUCCCACCGCCGUCAUGGGAGACGCCUCCGUCGUCGCGCUUAAUUCCCUCCUCCGGAGCGCCUCCAUCGAAGACCAUGCCGAAGCACUCAACCUCGCAAGUGCCGCCCUGCGCGCUGCAAAGGGCCGUGGUGCCGACCUGGCCACAGCCCAGCACACGCGCGUGGUCGCGCUCCUAAACCUCGACCGCUUCGACGAUGCUCUGCGCGCCAUUGCCGAGGGCGGCGAUGCCCUCGAGAAGAUUUGCGUGUUUGAGAAGGCGUAUGCGCUCUACAAGACGGGCGACCUGGACGGUGCGCUGGCGGUGCUGCGGGAUGCCGGUGGGGAUACCGGCGUUGGCACCGCGAGGGCGCAGAGGGCCCUGAAGCAUGUGGCCGCACAGGCGUCCUAUCGCGCUGAGGAUUUUGAGCGGGCCGCUGCCCUCUACCGGGAGCUGAGUGCGGACGAUGGCGGUGCGAAGUACGGCGAGGAGAACGACCUGCGGAUCAACCUGUCUGCGACCAAUGCGCAGCUCGAAUUCCAGGGCAAGAGCUGGGCGGUGCCGGAGCAGGAGAAGCAGCCGAGCCGGGAGGAUUUGGAAGCCUUUGAGACGGCAUACAAUGCUGCCUGUGGCUGCGUAUCCCGCGGAGACUUUGCCAAGGCUGCUGUCUUGCUCAAGCGCUCGAGAGAUUUGUGCGAGGCGACCGAAGACCUGAACGAGGAUGAGAAGAAGGCUGAGUUGGUGCCUAUUCUUGUGCAGCAAGCCUACGUCUACACAAAGCUUGGGAAGGUGGACGAGGCUACGAGUCUUCAGAAGUUGAUCAGCCUUGACGACAUCCCAGAUGGUUCCACAAAGGUUGUUGCCCGAACCAACGCCCUAGUGCUUCAAGCUGAGAGCAACCCCUACAUGGCACAGAGGCUGGCCGAGUCUUUGCCAGAAAUCAAGGGAAACGACAGGCUCUUUGAGUACCAGAGCUCUAUCCUGCGACGUAACAAGUAUAUCCUUGACCUUCAGAUGCAGAAAUUUCCCGGUGUCCAGAAGUCCACGUCUCGAAUCCUCUCGAAAGAGCCUGUCCCGGCCAUCUCCAGUUCUAAGUGUGACCUAGGAGUGCUUGGUGCCGCGGCUGCUAGCCGGCUCCAAACUGGCCGGGAUGCUCUGCGCCACAUUCUUCCUCUUCUCGAAACUCGGCCCGACGACGUUGGGCUCCUACUCACCGUCAUCCAACUCUAUGUUCAGCUCGAGAACCCGGGCCCCGCCAUCAAUCUCCUCGAGGCAUUCCUUAAGCGCCUUGAAACGGCCACCACACCCGAUCACGCCGACGUGCGCUUCGCCCCGGGUCUGGUUGCGUUGGCUGUGUCCCUCUACCGCACCCAAGGCCGGCACUCAGCCAUCCGCAGGGAGCUCGCCAACGCCGCGGCACACUGGCAGAAGAAGACGGAACGAUCCUCCCCUUCGGGGCCCGGCACCUCGCUCUUGCGCGAGGCAGGUAUCGAGCUGCUGCGCUCAUCCCACCCAGCCGACCUCGCCGCGGCAGGCGAGGCCUUCUCCCACCUCGUGGCCGCACAAUCCGCCGACCGUACCGCCAAGGCAGGGCUUGUAGCCAGCCUCGCCACAACCGAUUUUUCCAAGGUUGAGCCCUACCUUAACACCCUCCCAUCAGUCGAAGACCUCACCCGCGGUGUUGACGUCGCCGCGCUCCUCGAAGCAGGGGUCGUGGUAGCACCCGCCCCGGCACACGCCCAGCCAGCGCGAGGCAAAAAGCGGCCGCUCGAGGCGGAUCUCCAGGUUACUAGGGAGAAGCAACAGCCGGCAGCCAAGAAGCGGCGGAGGAGGAAGCUGCCCAAGUCGUACGACCCCGACAAGCAGCCUGACCCGGAGCGGUGGCUGCCACUGCGCGAUCGCAGCAGCUACCGGCCCAAGGGCAAGAAGGGCAAGAAGCGGGUGGCCGAGGCGACACAGGGCGGCGUCGUACGCGAUGAGGAGACGCUUGAGCUUGCCGGCGGGGCUGGGUCCGUGAAGGUGGAGAAGGCGCCUGCGGGAGGCGCUGCCGGAGGCGGCGGGAAGAAGAAGAAGAAGGGAAAGAAAUGAGCGUUCCGCCCUAGGGAAUUGAAGUCUACAACUCGAGUUCCUCAAGUACUGGCGUCUAUGAAACCGCCGAGAGUCGUAGGCGCCGCUUGGAUUGGUACAUAUGAGAUGAGAUAGACAUGAGAGGUGGCCGAGUAAAAAGCAUAGGGAUUUUAGA